AUGAGCGCCAUCACCUCUUCGUCAAGCUUCGCUCAUGCCCUCGCUACCAGCUCGCGCUCGGCCAACCCUCCCAAACCAAAUACGCGCUUCCUGAGAAACAUCCUUCGCGAUACCGACAACCACAAUUCCGCCUUGCUCGCAAAGGAAGCCCAGGAAUCUAAACUCCGUCUGGAUAAGUUGCGCCACGCCCAUCGUCCUGCCCAGCAACUCUACUCUGCCCGCGACCGCCACAAUCCAAAAAGGCGGCGUCUCGAUCCGAUUGAGCACAAGUCGUCUCCCGAGAGGAACCUCUCCUCUCACCGCCGCCGCUCCCCUGAACCAAAAGCCUCAGCUUCUCGCUCCGCCCGUCGCGACACAUCACCAGACCGCCGUCGCGACUCCCACCAUCAUCGUAGAGAACCUCGCUCGCCAGAUCGAACACACCGCGAAUCCGCCAGACGCCGACGUCACUCUAGCCAUCGCUCGUCCUCACCGCGGAACCGUCACACAUCCACCAGGCCAUCCAGAUUGUCUGACAACUCCCAUCGUCGCAAGAGAAGCCGCUCGCCAAUAUCCGAUGCAUCAGACUCCGACCCUCUAGAAGCCAUCAUUGGUCCUGCACCUCCAACCAAUUCGCGAAUUCGCUCAAAAGGUCGUGGCGUGCAGAAUAAUGCCUCGACCAUCGACAAUCAUUUCUCUUCCAAUUAUGAUCCUUCAGCAGACUUGCAACCAGAUCCGGACAACGAAGACAGCCUAGAUUGGGACCAGGCCCUUGAAGCUCUCCGAGAUCGCCAGAAAUGGAAACAGCAAGGUGCCGAGAGACUGCGUGCCGCCGGUUUCAGUGAGAAGCAUGUUGCCAAGUGGGAAAAGGGUGGAGAGAAGUCUGAAGAGGAUGUUGUGUGGGCCAAAAAGGGCGAGGGUCGAGAAUGGGAUCGAGGCAAAGUCAUCGACGAACAUGGCCUUGUCGAUGUCAAGCCAGAGUGGGGCAGGCUGAAAGAUUCCUGA